AUGAUGUUAAUUUUUUUCUUACUCAUUUCAGGCUUCAGUUUUGGGUUAUCAAUGGAUAAAUUAGAGUGCGUUGAGUUUUCAUUGGAUUCCAACGUGAGGGACGCAAGGAUAAAAUGUCUAAAAAGGAAAAAUUUUUUAGUAAUUAAGGUUUCUGAUCCGGAAAAGUAUGUUUUAGGAGCAGUAAAAUUAGGGGACCUAGUUGAAAAGGGUGACUGUAAAUAUAAGUCAAGGCACAUCACUGUUGACACGUCCAAGGUUCAAAAAAUAGUUAGGGUGUUAACUGAAUCUGCAAAAGAAACAUGGGUUUCUGAAUAUGUUGAAGUGGCUCCAAAAACUUACCGUCCACUAGAGAAGUCUUCUUUUGAUUUAGAUUUAAAUGGAGAGGAUUUACACGAAAAUGUACACAGUUAUUAUGAUAAAAAACAUGAUGUUAGAGUUAUAAAAGUCAAAGACUCAUUACACGACUCUAAGAUAGGCAAAGUUACCCUUAAUAAUCAUAUUGUUCAUGAGAUUCCAGAUACUCUUGAAAGGAUAGUGUACAUUUGGGACACAGAAGAGGGGACAAGACACCUGAAGGUCGAUACACAUUUAAAAGAUAACAGAAUCAUUUCAAGCAAGUUUGAGGAGGAUAAACCAGGGUCAAGAAAUUUUGUAAAGAAAAGAACCUGUAAUAGCUUACUAAAUCCUCAUGGUUGUUGGGAUGAUUACCUUGAACCAAAACAGGGCGUAUUUUUUUAG